GCCAAUGCCAAUUAAUCAAUUUCUUUGGCAACUGAGGGAGGGAGAGGCUCUUCGAUCGGGGAAUUCCCGUCGCCUUUCGCGUGUGUAGGACUCUGCUCACUCAGAUUCUUUUCUCUUCUUCACUUCUCCACUACAUUAGUUGGGUCCUUGCGUCGUGUCGGUGCUGUCUGAGGAAUUGCGAAACUGAUGGGUUAGAAUUUGCAGUUCGCAGACAUCGCAUUCUGCGUGCGUGUGUGUGUGAGAGAGAGAGAGUAAGAAAGUGAGCGAUUGCGGAGGUUUAUUUGAGGGGUUUUACAUUGUAGUGCGUUCUAAGGGAAGGGAGAGAUGUAUACUUGUAAAGCUUUAGUGAACCAUGGAGCCACAUUAGUGGUAGGAGCUUCGGCUUUGGGGUCUGUGGGAGGUGAUUCGGUCGCGAGAGCUUUUGACACAUCAAGCUUUGCUAUUUCACCCAUUCCAUGUGCUCUGUUGACUUUGCAUGCGCUUGCGAACUCGUUCCCGCAUUUUGGGUCUAGGGAGGGUGCUUCUCAUGUCUUCCAACUUCAGCGGCGGAGUGUUGGGGAUUGCCAGGGUUUGUGGCACUCUUUUGGAGCUUUAGUUAGGGGCUCGAAAGUUUUUGCCAGCAGCCGCUAUGACAGUUCGGUUUCUGUUUCUCGCCCGGGAAGCGCUCCUGAUGGCGCUGAAGCUGCACGAGAUAGCCCAGUAGGUGACGAGAAGAAUUUGCCCAAGUUUGAUGUUAGCAGCAAUUGUGUGACACCUGUUUUCCGAGUUUCUCCGUUCAUACAGAAAACUUCGGACUUGGAGAACACAAAGGUUCGGGUCUUGUUCGUGAGCGAGGGUAACGUAUGUCGAUCAGUGUAUGCCGAAGCAAUUUUCAACUCACUUAUUGAAGAGCAGGGGAUGCAGGAGUUUGUCGAGUGUGCUUCUAAGGCUUCCAGGGAUUACAAUGUGGGAGAGUCUCCAGAUCCACGAGCAGUUUCAGUGGCUGAAGAGUUUGGACUCAAGUUGCCAGCAGGAGCCACUUCAUGCGUCUUUGAUUGUCAGGCAGACAUUGUUUUGUUCGACCUUCUUGUCGUUAUGGAUAAGUUUAAUGCUUCAGACGUGCUGAAAGAAGUCACAGUUUACGAGGCAAUUGAUAAAGGGGCUCGAUACACCCAGAAAGUUCGACGCCUUGCUGAAUUUUGUAGAACAAAGAAGAUGGAAGACAUAGAUGACCCGCUGUACGGGAAUAUGGGUGGUCCUGAGGAACUGGUACUUCUGCGAGAAUCAUAUGAAGACAUCCGAGCUUCAUGCGUUGGUCUCAUGCAGACUAUAAUGGAUAUCAAGGGUGGCUUACAAGAUUCAGAAACAUUGAAGCAGGGAGUCGCAAGGUCUUUGGGUGCAAUGGAGUCACUAGACUGGCUUGUACCUCCUAUGUUACAGAAGGCAGACCCAAUGCUAUUUAAUUGAUCAUUAUUAUUCUUCUGCAUCAGUAUUCAUUUGAGUCAAACCAUGUAAACCAGCCAGGAAAUCCGUCCAGUGUGCGUGCCGGUCUUUCACCUUCUCAGGCAGGUUCCCCAUGAAACCGCCCCUAUGGAUACACGAACUCAGUUGAACUCAGUUGUGUUUAUUUUGAGCAUGUUCCAACUACCUCAAGUUUUGGAGCUCAUAGUUCAGUGUGGCCAGAAGCUGACAGCAACAUCAAAAACAAGAUAUGUUAAGUUGUCAACUAGAUCAUGUCAGGAAAAGCUAGUGAGCACUGAGAGGCAGGAAAUAUUUUUGGCGGUGGAGAUAAUAUUAUGUUUACAUACGUUCAGGAAAAAAUGAUGGUGUUUAAAUAAUGGAACGUCUUGGAUCUGUCUAACUCAUCUCCUAGAAUUUUUU